AGCUGCCUGUGAAAAAUAAAUAACAGAACAGGAGCCCCAGAACGACUCAGCAUCAAAGAAAGAGGGUUGGAACGUCAGUAUUUCAAACUCCCACUGCCUCUCUGUCUCUAUUAGGCAGGAUAAUAGGGAACUGUAAAAAGCUAAAACUUCAUUCAGCCAGGAAAGUAGCGAGUGUUUCUGACAGAGAAACUGCAGUCAUCUGACAAGGUGGUCUCUUUAUUAAUAACAACAUUUUUUUCAGGUUACCAUGAGGUUCCUGUGGAUCUUGCACUUUGUAAUGGGAGUCUACAUGGUGAAGGCUGGAGAUGAUUAUACCUUAGAGACUAAUGUUCCAGAUCCACUCUUCCCCAUGGUUUUGAACAACACGCUCAUGCCUGAGAAUGCAGCUGGAUUGGGAAUCCCAGAGCUCUCAAGUGUGUGUGAGAUUACUGUGCUGACCAGCUCCAUAACCAUGCCCAGUGAGCAGGAAGCUAUGAGCUCCCUAAUUCAGGAGGAUCUCAAUCCCGUCAAGAAUCUCCUGAACGGCAGCAGUUCUAUUCUGGAGAGCUUGGCAACUGCAGUUAAUGAAGAGACCGGGAAAGUGAGCUACCAGUCGUUGAUCACCACCACAGUCCUGGACAUUAAGCAACAGAAUGAGCUAUCCAAUAACAUCAUGACAGAAAUCUUCCAAGCCCUUGACUCAGAACCAACGUCAGAUAACCAUGUGAAAAAGUUCAAGGAGAAGGUUUGGAAGAUGGACACGAUGCUGCAGGCCAUCCAUCUCCUUGCCAGCCAGGUCGAGGAGCUGUCAGACACUCUUUCAACAGAACUGAGCCAACAUAUGGGCAAGUCUGACACAAUGGAGUCUAUCCAAUACCAGAACUGAGAGGCAGCUGGCAGGCUGCUUGUUAGACACCACAUCUCACUAGCAAGUAGCUCACAUCUGUGAUGCUCAGAUUCAUUUUCUUGACGAGAUUCCAGCAUUAGCAGAAACGGUUAAAACAUGAGCUAAAAACACCAGCCAUUGUUUCCCAUGUGCAAUGCUCUCUAGCCUGACAAAUCUUUUCUACUCUCUCUCUAUUGGUCUAAGUUCUGUUCUUUGUUAUGUUCUAAUUUAUUCACUGUCUACUUUUAGUUGGUGGCCCAGUGUAUUACCAACACAUCAACAACUGCCUGCACCCAUUUUAAGUUUCCCAGUCUUGCCAUAUAAAGGGUCAUGCUUCCAAACAGCCUGCUAAUGAUAUUAAAACCUGCUCACUAUUCACUUACUGCAUAUGUUCAAACUCAUUUAAUGUUGUAACAUUUUAAUAAAUGAUGAGAAACGAUCUUUGCUGCACUUUGGGAUGUGGUCAUCUGGUAAGAAUUCCCUCACUGGGACUCUUCAGUGUUUCAAGGGUCAGAUGGUCUCUUGGUUCUCACAGUGCUGCUCUGGUCUACUUUCUCAAGAAGGACUUUGUACAAGGGAGUCUUUGAUCUUUACUCGAUACCACCCCACUUCAUGAUGAUCAGGAACCCCACAUCCCGAGUGCAGUUGAUCCAGAAUUUCUCCAAAUUGAAACUUGUGUUUAAAAAAUUGCAUCCAAAAUGAUAUAGCCAUCACACAAGUCAGCAAAUGUUUCAGGGCAGAGGUUUAGAGGAUGUGGUAUAUUUGAACUUACAUGUAGACCGAAUAAACAGACAUGUCUGAAAAAAUGAGGAAUUUCA